AUGUACCCUAAGAGGCUUCGUGCCAAAAAGUCAGGUCAACCUCAUAAAGUCGAUGAAUUGUGCCAUAAAGAUAUUUUAGAUCUAAAGCAAUUGGCAUCUGAUAUUGAAUUCAACUGCCAUCCUAAGAAAAAUGCCAAUGGAGAUACAACGAAAAUAUCCGAAGUGAAAGUGCUUAAGAUCACAAAAGAUGCUCCAAGCACAAUAUUGUAUAAAACGGGCUACCAGCAAGAAGAAUUUCAAACAACAACUUUGAGCAGGAGAAAUAAAAAUAGAGAUGUAAAAUUAAAAUACGCUUACAGCCAGAAGGACGGAGUCACAAAUAAAAAGAAGACUGGGCUACUGGCACUAUUUAAAAGAAGGAACAAGCCGAUACCAAAAAAUUACUUGGCGUUUUUUGAAGCACUAUAA